UGUGCGCCUGGCUCUGUGUGUCUGCUGGCCUCAGUCGAGAAGGGAAACUACAUAGAGCAAAGCAAGCUCCAGGACCUAUCAGUGCUGCACUAAGCCUCCCAAGCUCCCACUCACUGAAUCUCCACUCCCUCCUCUCCCUGGGAACUCCAGCUCCUAUAUUUGGCUGCACUUUACAAGACUCUUUUACUAAUUAGAUUUCAUAGUCAGCCCAUUUUGGUUUUAUUUUUAUGGAGAGGGGGAGUUUGGAGGCAAUUGGUGGCACCAACCUACUGCAGGCACUUGUGUUGUUGUAGUAGCAGCAGCUCCAUACACAUUCCUGUUGCUAAUCCAAAACCAACUCUUCAUUAAGUACCUACAAGAAAGAGACAAGAAGAAAAAAAUAAUAAUAAUAAGUUUUGUUCUGCUUGGGGAGAACAGAGAGAGAGAGAGAGCGAGAGAGAGAGCUGGGAAGUCCAUUAAAGAAGCUGGGAGUAAGGCACUGGGAGGAGAAGAAGUUGCACUGCACCUGUUGGACCAGCAGCAGGAAGAGGAGCAUCAGUCUGACUGCAGGAAACUUUACUCCAUCUAUCUCUCCAUCUACAGGACUGCUUGCCCUCCUGCCACCACAUGCUGCACUCUGACCGCCUGGCAUAGCAGUGACUGUGCUUCUUCUUAUCCCAGGGGACAGAUAGCACAGACUGACUCAUCCAUACAAAGUAAAGGGUACAGCACCCAGACUCAUACCCACAUCCAGUGAUACAGUUUGGGCGAGAACCCAGCCUGCCCCCCACAUCUAUCCCAGUGAUACAGUUUUGGUGAGGAGGACCCCAGCCGGCUGUUUGAAUGUACAGUAUGAUGAUGGAGACGGACUUACACUCCCCCGGAGUGCAGCCCCCCAGUAACACGGGGCAGGCCGGGGGAGGAGGGGGUAACAAGGCCAGCCAGGACCGGGUGAAGAGACCCAUGAACGCCUUCAUGGUGUGGUCCCGGGGGCAGAGGAGGAAGAUGGCCCAGGAGAACCCCAAAAUGCACAACUCCGAGAUCAGCAAGAGACUGGGGGCGGAGUGGAAGGUUAUGUCUGAGUCCGAGAAGAGACCCUUCAUCGAUGAGGCCAAGCGGCUGCGGGCGCUGCACAUGAAGGAGCAUCCGGAUUACAAGUACCGGCCCCGCAGGAAGACCAAGACCCUGCUCAAGAAGGACAAGUACUCCCUGGCCGGCGGGCUGCUCCAUGCUGCCGGCGGGGGCCACGUGGGGGUCGGCCUGAGCCCCGGCGGGGGAGGAGGGGGCGGGGGAGGAGCGGGGCCAGGCGGGGUGGUGGUGCAGCGCCUGGAGAGCCCUGGCUCGGGGGCCGGCCCGGGACAAGGAGGCUACGCUCACAUGAAUGGCUGGGCUAACGGGGCUUACCCGGGCUCGGUGGCGGCGGCCGCGGCGGCUGCCAUGAUGCAGGAGGCUCAGCUCGCCUACAGCCAGCAGCAACAGCAGCACCCGGCCAGCGGGGGGCACCACCCGCACCACCACCCCCAUCACCCUCACCCGCACCACCACCCGCACCACCACCCCCACCACAACCAGCCGCCCCCUCCCCCGCAGCCCAUGCACCGCUACGACAUGAGCGCCCUGCAGUAUAGUCCCCUGCCCGGGGCGCAGAGCUACAUGAGCGCCUCCCCCUCCGGCUACGGGGCCCUGGGCUACAGCUCGGGACAGCAGCAGCACCAGGGCUCCCCGUCCUCAGCCGCCGUGGCCGCCGCUGCUGCCGCCGCUGCUGCAGCUGCCGCCUCAUCGGGGGCCCUGGGGGCCCUGGGAUCCUUGGUGAAGUCAGAGCCCAGCGUCAGCCCCCCUGUGAGCGGAGGAGGGGGGUCUCACAGCCGGCCGCCCUGCCCCGGGGACCUGCGGGAGAUGAUCAGUAUGUACUUACCUAGCGGGGGGGAAGGGGGUGACCCUGCUGCGGCAGCGGCAGCAGCUGCGGCAGCGGCAGCGGCGGCAACCAGCAGACUGCACAGCUUGCCCCAGCACUACCAGGGAGCGGGCACGGGGGUCAAUGGCACGGUGCCACUAACACAUAUCUGACUGAGGGCCCAUAGGCACCUGGACUGGGACCUUGCUUCCCUCCCCCUCUAUGGACUCUAAAAUACUACUGAGACCCAGGGCCAAAAACUGUCCCUCAUCCCCUGGAACUUUUCUUCACAUGACAGAACUAUCUUCUUUUUUGUACAGAGAUGUUUUGAUGUUAUGGUAAAAAUAAAUUAAAUGAAACUUUAAAAAAAAAAAGGAAAAUUGAAGGUAACACGUUGUUUUUGAUGUUCUCUCUUUUUUUUUUAAGAGGAUAAACUAGUUGGGAAACUAGUUUUUUUUUAGAAGGGAGCACAUUCGUGUUGAAUUGGGGAUAAUUAUGUACAGUAUUUAUGAGUUCUUCACAAAAAAAUCGUAUAGAUAUUAUUUACUUGAUAUGCCAACUUUUUUUUAAGUUGUUCCUAUGAAAGCUCCAGAUAUUUUGACUUGAGUUCUUUCUUCUAAUUCUGCAAAUCUUCCCAAAUGUCUCAUCUGUCAUUGACAUUAGAUGUGAAUCCAAACUACAACAACUUUUUGUGCAUUUUAACUUUUAUUUAUA